GACGACCUAUGUAGAGUAGAAAAUGAAUCUCACAUAUUCUUUGGAUUUGGGUUUGUUUGUUAUUGGGCUUAUAGCCCAUUAAGUUUAAUAUAAAAGUAAUUUAUUUACCCUAACUCUUAUGUCUUCUUUGUUGAAGGAGCCAUUGCUACACCUGUAGGUUUUUCCUCUUUCAUGCGUGCUUCUUCCUCAUAUGUGAACCUUGAUACCUCGUUCUUACCACAUUCAUACUUCAUCAUUUCCAAGAUUUAAAUGCGACCAAUUCAUAUUUGAGGAUGAUUUUGCCAUUCGAAGUCCCUAAUUGCAAUUACGAUGAUUGUGAAUUGACUGCCUUGGGUGGAAUAACUAGACAUGAAAACUAUGCUUUAGGGAUGUUUGAUGGUAAAGAUACGAUGAUAUGGUCAAGAGACCAAGCCUUCAAACCUUUGGAUAAGAAGUCACCACAACAUAAACUUCAAAAUCAAAAGGCCAAAGCUCACGUGCUUUUGAAAUCUAGUUCUAAUAAUUCAAAGAAGAGGAAAUUGGAACACUACAUAAAUGAUGAUGAAUUUGCUAAUAGUUAUGAACUCAUCACUAAAGAGAAAUAUGGUAGUGAAAAUGUCAAAGAUCAAAGAAGAAACUCAUGUUCAACACUAUCAAAUAGAAAAAGGACUAGUUUUCAAGAAACACAAGAAUGUGGUGUCCUUGCUCAAACUGAGAAAGCAGAAUUUUGUGGUAUUAGUAUGGAAGAUUAUUCUCACCUAGAUGACACCAAUGAUUCUAUCAAGGAGUCAAGCUAUAUUAUGAACCAAAAGAGCUUGAAUAUCCAGGCUAGAGAUUUAAUGCCUAGUAGUAGUUAUUCUUCUACUACCAAUAUAUCAAUCAUGGAGAAACAAAAAAUGGAAUUUGUGAAAAUAUUGGUCGACGAAGUUUUUAUCGAUAGUAUGACUUCACAUUCGUUAUACUCGAAAGAUGCAGACGUGAAACUCAUUCAAUCUUCCAAGAACUUUUUACCGGCUAGGAGUAACCAUCUUCCAAGACCAGUUAUUCCCGUUGGACCUCGGUUUCAAGCCGAAGUUCCUAAAUGGGACGGCACAACCAACUUAAAACAAUGUAAUAGUGAUGAUUGUUUGAAGUGGUUGGGCACCCAAAUUUGGCCAAUGCCUGAGGUAUCUAAAACAAAUGCAAUAGGCAUUGGGAAAGGUAGACUUGACUCAUGCUCAUGUCACAAUCCUAAAUCAGUUGAUUGUGUUCAAAAACAUGUUAGUGAAGCUAGGGAAUGCUUAAAAUUGGUGAUUGGUACUGCUUUCUCUAGUUGGAAGUUUGAUGACAUGGGAGAAGAUGUUUCAAAAUCAUGGACGAUGGAAGAGCAAACGGCAUUUGAAUCUCUUGUUAAAUCAAAUCCGCUAUCAAGUGAUACGAAGUUUUGGAAGCUCAAGAUGAAGAAGUACUUUCCUUCCAAAUCAAUGAAGUGCAUGAUAAAUUACUAUUACAAUGUAUACAUCCCUAGAUGUAUGAGCAAAGCGACAAGAUCUCCCUUUGGUGCAUUUGAUGGUGAACCAAAAUGAUAACAUGUUCAUAGAAAGGUAUGGCUAUGAUUCCAAUUUGCAAA